AUGAGUGCAGAGAUAUUGUAUGCAACUAUAGAAGAAGCCAUAAAAAAUGGUGUGGAUAUUCUCUCCCUUUCCUUGGGACAACAAUCUCUUCCUUUCUAUGAUGAUGACAUGAUGAUUGCAACGCUCUCUGCUAUUAGAGCGAAAAUAUUUGUUUGUAUGGCUGCAGGAAACUCAGGCCCUUAUCGUAAAAGUGUUGAGAAUGGUGCUCCAUGGAUCCUUACUGUUGGAGCUAGCACCCAUGAUAGGAGGGUUAGCGCCACUGUCAAACUAGGAAAUGGUGUGGAAGUUGAAGGAGAAUCUGGAUACCAGCCAAGCACUUUCAAUGCUACAGGUAACAUCAUCUUCCCUGGCUUUAGAGGUCAGAAUGGCACACUAGGAUGCAUGAAAAACUCCUUCAAUAACACUAAUGUAAAGGGAAAGAUCGUUUUGUGCACAAUUGAAGAAGGCAAGUACAGAGACAUGAGCGUCAAUGUGAAAGCUGCCGGAGGGGUGGGGAUGAUAGUGUUGGAUACAUUUGUGCAAGGAGCUACUACUUUAUCUUAUGAUUAUGUACUCCCAACAGCUCAUGUCAACUAUACUGCGGCUCGCAAAAUUGUGAAUUAUUUCAAAAUCUCAAACUCAACUGCUACUGCAACAAUUGCAUUUAAUGGUACAAAGUUUGGAGCACGACCAUCUCCCACCAUCGGUUACUUCUCUUCAAGAGGUCCACAUCCUUAUAAUGGUGGUAUAAUAAAGCCUGAUAUCCUUGGACCUGGGGUGAAUAUCCUUUCCGCAUGGCCAAUUAGACCUGGACCAAAUCCCAAUGGUCCUCCAGGCUCAUAUUUUAAUUUCGACAGUGGUACAUCAAUGGCCACACCUCAUCUUGCGGGGAUUGCUGCACUACUCAAGAACACUCACAAGAAUUGGUCGACAGCAGCAAUUAGGUCAGCAAUCAUGACAACUGCUAACAGGUUUGAUCUUGAUGGAAACCCAAUUCUUGAUGACUAUAAUGAACAUAUUAAUCGUGCAAAUGCAACUGACAUGGGUUCAGGACAAGUGAAUCCUGUUGCAGUCACUGACCCUGGACUUAUUUAUGAUAUAAAUCCAGAGCAAUACAUUCAAUACCUUUGUGGUCUAGGAUAUAAUGACACACAAGCUUCAACUGUCAACGGCAGUUCAGUUCAAUGUUCGGUUGUUGGCAGCAUUGCUCCUGAGAAUCUUAACUAUCCUUCCAUAUCAAUAUCUCUAGAUCCCUCGAAAACAAAGUCUGUCAAACGCACACUAACAAAUGUCGGGGAUGCUAAUGAGGUUUACAACAUAGAUGUUGAAGAACCAAAAGGAAUCAAUGUGGUUGUCUCUCCAUCUUCUAUUCAAUUUUCGCAAAUUGGCCAAGAGAAGAACAUCACUCUUGAAUUUAGUAGUAAGGGAAUGCCUUUAAACAAAGGUAACAUCUUGGAUGGGCAACUUAAAUUGGACUCUGGCAAGCACUUCGUAAGGAGCCCCAUCUCCGUGACCAUCCUUUGA